AUGUACAGAGGCUACGUCCUCGCUGCAGCAACCGUGGUGGACGGAUGCAUAGACUGGUCGGUGGAUCUGAAGGAGUACCACGUCCUGGCCGGUGAGCCUGUUCGGGUGAAAUGUGCCUUGUUCUACAGCUACAUCCGAACCAACUACACCAUGGCCACCAACGCCAAGCUGCGCCUCAUCUGGUACAAGAACAAAGGAGAUGCAGAGGAGCCAAUCAUUUUCUCAGGUCAUCGGCUGAGUAAAGAAGAUGACUCCAUCUGGUUCCGAUCUGCUGAAAUGGAAGACAAUGGAUUCUACACCUGCGUACUAAGGAACUCGACAUACUGCAUGAAAGUGUCCAUGUCGAUGACCGUGGAGGAGAGUGAUGAGGGUAAAUGCUUUAGCAGCAAGAUCCGACAUCUGGAAAAAGCAGAGAUAACCCAUAGCAAAAUGAUCAACUGUCCUGAUAUAGAAGACUAUUUGGCCCCAUACAAGCAACCACAGAUGACCUGGUACAAGGAGUGUGAGCGGGUUGAAUGGAGAAGCUCCAUCAGUGUUAACACUACAAACAUCUGGAUUCCUGAGGUGGAGGAGGGCGAUGGGGGAAAUUACACCUGUGAGUUACAGUAUGGAUCCAGACUGGUGCGGCGGACAACCCAACUCAAAGUAACAGCUCUGCAGACCACGCAGCCUCCCAAGGUCCUUUUCCCCCCAGAGAGACAAGACACAGUGAUAGAAAUCACACCCGGUAUGCCUCUCAGUCUGGACUGCAAGGCGUUUUUCGGCUACAGUGGAGAAAACAGACGACCUAUUAUCUAUUGGAUGAAAGGAGAAAAGUUUGUAGAAGAACUGGCGGGACACAUUAAAGAGAGUGAAGUCAGGAUUUUAAGGGAGCAUUUAGGAGAGAAGGAGGUGCAGCUGUCCUUAACAUUUGAUGCUGUGGAGGAGGCAGACCUGGCCAACUACACCUGUUAUGUGGAGAACCACAUAGGGAGGCGCAAAUCCAAUUCUCAGUUCACAAAAACAGAUGAUAAUAUGUAUCGUCUGGAGCUGGCUGGAGGUCUGGGGGUCAUACUUUUGCUGCUGGGAGUCCUCACAGCACUUUAUAAGUGUUACAAUCUAGAGAUCAUGCUCUGCUACAGGAGACACUUUGGGAGUGAUGAAACUGAAGAUGAUAAUAAGGAGUAUGAUGCCUAUCUGUCCUACACUAAAGUGGACCUUGACUGUUUGGGCAGCCGGGCGAGCAGCGAUGAGGAAACAUUUGCUUUGGAGAUCUUGCCGGAUGUUCUAGAGAAACAUUAUGGAUACAAGCUGUUUAUACCAGACAGAGAUCUCAUACCCAGCAGCACCUACAUCGAGGACUUGGCUCGUAGCGUGGAGCAGAGCAGACGUUUGAUCAUCGUUUUGACUCCAGAGUUUGUGGCCAAAAGAGGGUGGAGCAUUUUCCAGAUAGAGACACGCCUCCACUCUAUGCUGGUGACCGGAGAGAUUAAGGUGAUCAUGAUAGAGUGUGCAGACCUGAAGAAUGUCAUCAACUACCAAGAGGUGGAGGCACUGAAACAUACAAUCAAGGCUUUAUCCAUCAUCAAGUGGAGGGGUCCUAAGAGCAAUGAGCUGUCAUCUAAGUUUUGGAAACAGGUGGUGUACGAGAUGCCUGCCAAACGCAGAGAGACGUUGUCCAGACGCCAGGUGAUGGACUCUGGUGAACAGGGCCUCUUUGGUGACUUACAGACCACAGUCUCCACCAUUGCCAUGACAACCACCUCUGCCUCCUUGGCGCCCCCUAAUGAGAGUCGCCAUGGACACCAUCAGGUUGCUUUGGCGACGGAGAUCCCCGACUACAACCAGAUGACAUUGCCACUUGGAGGCGGGCACACUGCCACGGCAGCCCAAAUGAGGCAUUUCUGCCGCAGCUACGAGUUCCAGCUUCCCCCACAGCCUUCCUCCCUGUCGCCUCCCCUCCCACCUCCCUCCACCGUGCAGUUCUCCACUCUGGGCCCCGGGGGGCGCCACGUCUAUUGCAACAUCCCCAUGACACUGCUGAAUGGACAGGGGUUCAGAGCAGUUCACUGGGGAACAAGAGGUGCCUCAGAGCAGUACGCUUGGGAAGAAACCAGAACUCCACCUGAACAGCACCUUCGUACCACUAACCAGCAGAGAACUAAGCUCUGACAUCUGGUAGAGGCACUCCUCAACUGGUACUGGAUUACAGACCGGUUCACAAACUGCUUUUACACUGGCUUUGGAAAUGGGGUAGACUGGUUGGUCGACUGGUUUUUAUUGGGUUUUUGGACUGUGUACAGCCUUAGUUUUUGGAAUGGACUGCUUAAGGACUGCCUGCAGACUAGUUUUGGGGCCUCUUUAUCCCACGCUGUGAACAAAGGACUGCUUACAGACUGUAUAAGCCUUGGAUUCACAAUGGUUGGAUUUACUGGCUGCAGACUGCUUACAGAGGAAUGGAUUCAGAUUUACAAACUGGUAUCUAAGCUGUGUGGCCGUGACCAUUGGAAAGGAGCACUAUGAUACAACACGACUGGUCAUACACACGUGACUGGUGCAGAGAGUUUGGAGAUGGUUACAGACAUGGUUAUGUGAUGAACUGGAAAAGUCAAUGAAAAGGUCUGAGAUACCUAAACAGUGACAGGUAG